AUGAAGGCCCGCGAGCACGAAAUUUUCGGGGAUGCUAGAACGCCACCAAAACUCCCCGAGGUGAAGCAGGCGUGGGAGGAGGUCGCGGCGAGCGUGUCCUCGUCUUCUGGCAUCACUAGAACAGCUGCACAAUGCCGUAAACGGUACAGUGAUGUCAGGAGACGGGGAAAGCAAAAGCUUGCCGCGAACCGAAAGCAGCGUUUGGAGACGGGAGGGGGACCGGGCAAUAUUGAGGAUCUGACGCCAGUGGAGGACCUCGCUGCCUCCACCCUCAGUGCAGAAAGCAUUGAGGGAUUUGGAAGGUUAGAAGUCGGCGUCCAACAUCAAGCUCUGCUGGCUGAAGAUCCUCCUGAGCCCGGAACCAGUGGAGUAGAGCAGGGGGGCAGUUGUGGAGGGAGGAGUGCCACCAACAACUUCGAGGUCCAGGGGAGCAACGCGCCGACCCAGACCACGCCGUGGCAGCAUCGGCCAGGAUCUCCAGCAGGCCGGCUUCAAUAUGCUGGAGAGAGAGCUCGUCGGAAUCCGGCACAGUGUUCGGCGCCUCUGGAAGACUGUAGGAAUGACAGAAUUGGCCAGUAUGAAGGAGUCGUGACUGGAGCCAGGAUAAUUUGUACACACAUGCACGACUUCACAUGCAGCAUUGCAAAUCACCUGUACGUUUAUUGAGUGGGUUCCCUUGCGGUUAAUAUAGAUCAGAGCAUUUUCUGAUGGGGCACGUAUUUGCACAUGAGUGCAAUCUAUAGCACCCAUAACACCAGGGAACCCACUCUUUGCCCAGAACUCUUGCCUUGCACGCUCCUGUCAGGUGUCAUGGUAAAUUGAAUAUAUUCACCAGCAUGUCGGACUAAACCUGAUGUAACUGCAUGUAUAGCCGAACUUAUGGCAGCUUGGGAUAUGCCUCCAAUUGAACUUGGAAUAACCCAACUAGCAAAGAAAUACAGCGCUGCGGUUACUUUCACAGCAACGGGGAGGGCAUAGGGACAGGGUACAGCAGUUCCCAGCUCAUCGGCGAGGAGAUGGCAGAUGUCCGUCACAGCCUGGCGGGAUAGGCGCAGUUUACGCCUACACUCCUCUUCAGUGAGAGACAGAUAUGUGUGCCUUGGCCGGUAGACUCGGUCCCCUCACCUUUGCCGUCUUCCUAUUCUCUGUCCAAUAAGAUACUCCAUAUGGCUGCGCCAAUGGACAAUAUUAACACGCGCAACAAUAUUCAACAGAUGAGUUCAAUAGUGAUGUUUUUCACUUACAUUGUGUUGUACUGGUGUGAGGUCAAUCCGUCAGUGUUUCCUGAAUGUACGCAGGCCUAUUUCCUGCUUCUUAACAGACACCCCUGGCUUGGCAGGUUGAUUUAAAUACCGACGGGUCUUGCUUGUAUUGGUGAAGUAAUCAUUUUUAUCCGUCAUUACCAAUUUGCAAAUAAAUGGUGAAUAACUAUUCAUUAGGA